AUGGAGGAAAAACAAUUAUUUGGGGCAUUGACGGUAUAUCGAGAACGAGGUGCUUAUUUACGACGUUUGGAGCAAUUUGAAAAAGCGAAAGCGUCAUAUGAUGAAGCGUUUAAAAAUGCUCCAGAUGAUGUGCGAAUGCUCACUGGAAGAAGUCAGGUAUGUGCUGACGCCGUACAGCCGGUUCAGGCUUAUGCUGAUGCGGAACUUGCCUUAAAACUAGAGCCGCAUAAUAUGAAUGCCCGAAAUAUGCAAGCUCGCGCUAUGUACACUAUGUCUGAUUUCGAAAGAUCAGUCGUUAUGAAUUAUCGUGGAGCACGAGUACGACGUCAACCACCUUAUUUCAUGGAAGGAAUAAAUCAAGGAGUUGAAACUAUUCAAGAUUGUAUCGGUGUUAACGCUGGCAAUGUUAUGGUAGAAUUCUUAGCCCUAAUAAAACAACAAGAAGCUGCUCAUCCUGCUGGUGAAGAAGCCAAAAAACCAUUACAUGUUUCACGUAUUCCUAAACCUGAGCGCAAAAAAAAACUGACACAAAUGCAAGCAAGGAAGCAUUUGACACUAGCUCGCGUUCUUGCUAUGAAAUACCUCGGUCCGAUGGCUUACGACAAAUUCUUUCUUCAGCAUUUGACAGAAGACCCCAGGCUGCAAUCCGCCAAUGCAGGUGGAAGUAAAGAAUUAAAAGGAAUAGUAAAAGAAGCCCUUAGAUCAUUAACUGAGAGGCAAGAUAUGCUACGUGCACAACGACCGUAUUACACUAUUAAAUUAGCUGAAAAAGCAGAAUCUAAACAUCAAAACAAAUAUAAAGAUGCUGUAUUGAUCAAGGAGCGCGAGAUUGGAGCUCGUACAUCUGAACGACUCCUCAAGCAAAUUGAAAAAAGUUUACGUGAAAAUCGUAUUAUGGAUUUAAUAGCGCAAGCUGAACGUAUGCAACUGUUUCUGGACAAUAAAACACCUCGUACAUUGCCGGAUAAAGAUAUUUAUACAGAUCGCUUGUACAGAGCUGUAGGUGAAGGAUAUUUGGCACAACAUCGUCUUUCCUAUACUCUUAGCGAACGUGGUAAUAGACGCCGAAUUGCUUUCCUUAUGGGUCUACCAGUAGGCCGACCAACUUCCUUUGACUCUGUUAUGGCUAAUUAUCCUUACAAGUUCAUUGAUAUUAAACAAGCCACAGAAAAAGUAGUUGCUACACUUGAGAUGUGUGAAAAUUCUACAAUGAAAUGCUGGUUAAUGUAUGAAUUAGCUCGUUUACUUUGCACACAAAAAAAUUAUGCUUUAGCCAAAUUUUACGCUAAACGUUGUCAACGUGAAGCUCAAGAAAUUGCAAACGUAACUUGGUGGUUGAAUGGACUCUUUGUUUUAAUGAGUGGAGAUAUGCAACAAGGCAAUGCUAAUGAAGUUCGAAUACAAGUGGAAGAAGCGUAUGAAUACUCUAAAAAGUUAAAUGACCCGGAGAGAGUGCAAGCAUUUUUAAGCAAGUGUGCAGAAAUGGCCGCAGAGACGGUAUCUGCAGAUGAAAGAAAAGCGAUAAUUCAGCGUGAGAGGCAGAUAUUAGGCGUAAUGGACGAGGUACAACGUGUUGACACUACUGUAUUAUUCAAACGAAUGUCUACAGUACCAGCUGGCCGUCGAUUCUCUGUGUUACCUAGAAAGCCAGAAGCAGGAGAAUCACGGGCUGAGCGUCGACGUCGUCGACAAAGAGGACUUUCUGUUAUUCCUGGCCCCGAGCGUGCUUUACCAGCACCACCAAAGUCGGACACUCUUGGCUUCCAAGUUUUUGAUAUUUAA